CUGAGGUUUGGGUUGAGUUUUGAAAUUUUUUUGUGGGGUUUUUGUUGUUUUUUUUUUUUUAAAAAAACAACAACAUGGCUUGUUGUGGGGAAGAUGAAGGGGCUUGUGCCUCAACCUCCUCAAAGGACCGUGGGCAAAGAAAGAAAAAGCAGCCAGAAGGCAAGUCUAAGGUCGGCGAGAAGUCAAGACUUCUGGGUUGCACUCACCCCCCUACACUCAGCAUGGUGGUCGAAGCCUUGAGGGCAAACCGUGAAAAGCAAGGCACCUCUGUGGCAGCCAUCAAAAGCUAUAUCCUCCUCAAGUAUCCAGCCGUUGACCAGAUAAGGCUCAAAUACCUGCUGAAGCUUGCUCUGGCAAAGGGCAUCGAUCAUGGCAUCCUUGUGAGGCCACCCAAUUCAACUGCAAAAGGAGCGACGGGGCGAUUCAAAUUAGGGCCAAAGGGUCAGACGAAGAAAACAUCCAUGGGUACCAAGCCCCAAAAGAAGAUCCCUAAACCAGACAAGACUGUGGCCAAGUCCAAAACCAAAGAAGCUACACCAAAAGCAGAGAGUAAAGAUACAAAAGAUGUAAAAGUCAAACCCAAGGCCAAGAAACCAAAGGCGAAAUCCACAAAUGACCAGAGCAAAGCGGCUGCUACAAAGAGCUCUGAAGGGAAAGUGGGAAAGAAGACCAAACACAAGGAUGCCAUAGGGGUGAAGGCCACAAGGGUGAAGACCACAGAGAAAAAGAACUCAAGGAAAGAAGCCAAAGCUGUCGUGGGAGAAAAGGAGCCCGUAGGCCAAAAGAAGGCUUCUCUGCCCCCCAAAGCAAAGAAGGCCAAAGGGGUGAGCAUCACAGUCCAAAAGCCCAAGGGGACUAAGGGUGCUGAAGGGAAGGGGAUAACCAAGGUCAAGGCAGUUCCUGAGACCUCCGGGACCCCAGGGACCAAGAUUCGGCCAGUCAGUGGAUCCAAGACCUCUGUUGCUUCCAAACCCAAAGAGCUGACAGCACCAAAUGGGCUGCCUAAAGAUAAAAGGAAGAAGACUGAAGCUACAAAAGGGCCUAGAAAAGCUGGCCCAAAUUCAAAAGGCCCUUUAACUAAGAAUAGUAGCAAGCCUGCAAAAUAGAUGUUAGUUAUCCAGGGCCUGGAAGGUGAGGGCAGGUUGGCGUCAGUUUUUUAAAUCACUGGGCUUACUCUUUUUAUGACUUUUUCUAAUUGGAAAUUGUUACUUAAUAAAGUUCUUUGUACUUAACACAUG